CAUAAUGAACCUAAUCAAAAGCACAAUUAUUGUGUUUUCUAUUUCUCUUAUUGGAUUGGUUUUUUGUUUAGAAUGUAAAAGUGAUGUUAGUCUAAUUUUUGAGAAAAAUAAAAGAAAACACCAUUAUUUAGGAUGUGAAAUUGAAAAUUGGAAAGGUGGACAAUGUACAAGUUUUCGAGGCAUUCGUUAUGCAAAACCACCAAUAAAUGAGCUUCGGUUUAAGGAUCCACAACUAAUGGAAAUUUCUUCUUUUUAUGAUGCUCGAUAUGAGGGACAGGAUUGUCCUUCAAUUUUUAGCGCAAACGCUAGCGAAGAUUGUCUUUUCCUCAAUGUGUAUUCAAAAACGAUGACCACAGGUUAUAAACUUCGACCAGUAAUUGUUUUCAUUCAUCCUGGUGGCUUAUAUCUUGGAAGUGGUGCGAGUUAUUUUCUGGGACCUGAAUAUUUACUAGAAAAAGAUUUGAUUAUUGUAACAUUUAACUACAGACUUGGUUCAUUGGGAUUUUUAAAUCUAGGCACUUCCGAAAUACCUGGUAAUGCAGGUCUGAAGGAUCAAGUGAUGGCAUUACGAUGGGUGAAUGAAAAUAUUGAAUAUUUUGGUGGUGACUCAAAGAAUGUUACUUUGAUGGGUUAUAGCGCUGGAGCAUUUAGUGUUUGUCUACACUUGGUUUCACCAAUGUCACAAGGAUUAUUUCAAAAGGCAAUCAUUAUGAGCGGAUCGAUUCCACCACAGACCAAAAUACCGCGGAAUAAUCAAAUUGAAUUGGCUAAAAAACAAUCAUUGUUAAUGGGCUGCAAGGAACAAACUUCAAAAAAUCCGAGUAAUGAAGUUUUGGAAUGUCUAUCUCAAUUCAGUGGUUUGGGAAUUUCCGAAACUUUGAGAAAAAUGUUUCACUUUGGUAUGGAUAAUCCCAUUUAUUUAUGGUUGCCAGUGAUUGAAGAACAUUUCGGACAAGAGAGAUUUUUGAUUGAGGAUCCAAGUGAUUCUUUUAAGUUUGGAAGAUUUGCUAAAGUUCCAAUACUUAUUGGAUUUACAAAUGGAGAAUUUUGUACUUCAGCUAAGGUUUAUUUUCCUGGUUAUGAGAUGAACCAAAUCCAUUCGGAGUUACGACUCAGAAGCACUUGAACUCCGUUGACCUUUGCCCAAAACUUUUUAUUAAAAAUUAACGAUUGAAAGUAAUUCUUAAUAAAAUUAAAAGUAUAAGUGCGAUUCCAUGUCACUUUAUGGCUGAGAGAUAUUAGUGUGAGCGAUAGACCACGUUCUUCGAUUGUGUUAUUUAUCGAAGGGUUAUCACAAUUGCUCUUGAGAUUUAAUGAUUCAACACGUUGAAAAAAAAAACAAUGCUCCAAAAUCGAUUCUAGAACUAGAUUGAAUUUAUUAAAUUAAAGAAUAUAUACAGAAGACGAAAAUGUGCAAAGUGCCCAUGAAAAAUUUCAUGAAAAAAUAUAUUUCUACAAACCAACCCAGGGCGGUAAAAAAACCUGUAUUUCUUAUGCAUAUUAUUUGCUUUCGUAGAAAAAUUUUUCCGUGGUAAUAAAUUUGCGAAAUAAAAUAAUUUUCAAGUUUAUUUUCACUUUUAUACUCAUCUAAAAUGGGAAUUGACGUUAAGGUGUGUACAAAUGCCUCACUUCAAAUCUUCACAAAAUGGAAACAAAAAUAUUCUAAAUCUUAACUUACUUAAAACGUCAAAUGUCAUCAAUAAAAGUUAUAAGAACAAACAUUUUUUUACCAAUCUUAAUCAAAACCUAACUAAAAUCUUAAAUAUAUUUAAAAUUCAAUCGAUCUCAGUACGGAAAAUGGUCGUAAAAUUUUCUUU